GAGAAGAAGUACCCGCAGUGAUCGGUCUAGCAUAGCUUAGGAACUGGGAUUCAGCGUAGUGCCACCAGCUCUAGGUCGUAGUAUAGUUUUUGGCUUUUCAGCAGCCAGUUAUGUCCGCUAGUUUUCCUGGUGGGCCCACACCCAACCUAACCUCUCUCUGCUAAGAAACAAGAAGGAAAAAGUGAAGAUCUUCUCUACUCGUGCUUCUCUUGUCGUGGUCGCAGCUGCUACAACUAGUGUAGCUCUAGCAGCUGCGUCUGAAGCUGGUGGUUCUGGCUGAGAGCAGGCCACUCAUCCACGGAUGUUUUCGAGUUUUCUUGCCGAGAGGCCCAACGCCGGACCGGAGUUGCCGGAGAGGGCACUUAUUACGACCACGCGAGAGAUUACGCCCCACUGCUGUCGUCCCCGCUAAUUUCCAGCAACUGCCUGAAACUGUUUUGCGAAAGCCGGUUUUCGGAAUUUUCGGGAGGAUCGUAUCAAGACUAAGGAGGAUAUGAGUAAGGGUUUACUCAAAACUCUCACAGCGUUGCAUGCGAGUGUUGCCUCUCGAACCAAAAGUAACUCAUGGAGCAGACGCAACUCGAACCCAACAAUACCUUGUACUUCGUGAAGAGAUCCCAAUCAGCGAAGGACAACGUGACGUGGGACUGGAAAGUAUCCAAGGUGCCAAGAAUUGGACUUCGGUUGAAGCGAUGAUUGAGCGACUUGUCGACAUGAUUUAUACCAUGGUAAGAAGGUGGUGGAAAAGAUUAUUACAGCACUGGUUUUAAGAGGGGCGGAAAGAUCGCUCCGAGUUGGCCAUUCAAAGUACUCGAGUCAUCGCGUCCAAGACCUGAGAGAAGAACAAGAAUCCUUCUUGGAGGAAUUACGCACCGCGUCCUCGCCAGAGCUGAGGGUUGAGCUGACGCUGGCCACGAAGACGGACAUGUCGAGGAGCCGUCUGGAGAAUAUUCAAG